AUGCAGCGGGCCCCAACCUGCCGCACAGCAGCUCCCGUGCCCGAGGCAGGGGAGGGCAAGCCCCCCCCCCGCGCGGGUGCCGCGCGAGGGGCGCCCCCCUCAGCAGGCCCUCGCGGGCGCGGCCCGCCGCCCGCGGGGUGCGGUCGCCGAGGGCCGCGGGGCUGGGCCGAGGACGAGGACGAGGAGGAGGAAAAGGAGGAGGAGGAAAAGGAGGGUCUGUCAGGGGCGCCCGCCUGCGAGCGGCUAUUGCGAAUUGCAGGGGCCGGGUCGCCGCUGCUCUUCGUGCAUGGCACGCCUGUUCUUUGACCGCCGUGCCUAACCCACAAGGGAGAGGCAGAUGGGGAACGGGAGAGAGAUGACGGGGAGGCAGGGAGGACGGAGCAUGGAAGGGGGGCGGGCCGCGGAGGGCGCGCGGGCAAUCCGCCGCCCAACGAACGCCAAGAACCUCGCGGGCCGCGUUCUCAAUGAUGGCCCCGCAGAGGUGGGCAGCGGCCGCUCGGACGGCACAAUUCACGUGUUAGCCGGCGGCCCUUGGGAGGAAGGC